UCCUAUGAUUAUAAUCUGUGUAUCUCUCAAUAAGAAAAAGAGAAUUUAUCAAAUUAACGUAAUACUUCCAUCGAAAAUAUGUUUAUCUAAAGCAGCGUACAAUCUUCAACACGUAAUUUGAUACAGGCUUGAGACUAUUAUAUGAUUAAUGACGUACAUACAUACAUAUAGAAAUCAAUUUGUCGGAACCCCCCACCAAUGCAAAGACUUCAUGCACCGCCUAUUGCAUAUCAAAGGUCGUUUUGAGUUAUUUAGGAGUUAUUCGCAGUUUAUUUCUUAACCCGUAGUGCUUAAUUAAUACUCGUGCUCUCUCGUAAAUAAUAGUGAGCCAUUUCGCUUCGAAUUGUGUUUUCCAGUGAAGAGGGAGACAUGAAUACCCAUUAUGGAGGUGAUAGAAUUGUUUGAUAAGGUCAAUGAGAGCCUGGGAUCGUACACAUUCUCAAGAUGGAUUGGAAGAUUUAUAGAGGAUUAUCAGACAUCAACCACACUCCUUGUUACAAUUAUCGCAUCCCUGCUGCUCAUUUUCUUAGUUAUAUUAAUUUUUGUUAUACGAAAAUGGAAAAACAAAGAAUUUUUGCCAGAAGUAAAGGAAUUUGUUGGGGUAGGCACUGGAAAGCCCAGAUUCAGAAAAAGAGACAAAGUUCUUUUUUAUGGAAGAAAGAUGUUGCGCAAGGUAAAGUCUAUCAGUGGUCAAGUUCACGCUACUGGGCAAGGGAAGAAGAGGAGAGCAGUCAUGAGAUUUGCUCGCCGGUUAUUACAACUUAAGAAGGAGACUGCCCCGCAACAGCUCAAAGUAUUAGAACCACCUGCUGAAUACCUAGAAGAAGAUUUAGGACCUGGUGAGAGAGUGCCACCAGAUGCACUGUAUAUGUUACAAAGUAUUAGAGUCUUUGGACACUUCGAGAAGCCUGUGUUCCUAAAAUUAUGUAAAUACACAGAAAUUAUGAAUUUACCUGCUGGUAGUACAUUGUUCAAAAUCGGGGACCCCGACGAGAAUUUGUUUAUAGUGCAACAGGGUUUAGUCAAUGUAUAUAUUACUGGACCUGAUGGUUCGCAAAUAUCGUUAAAAUUAGUAAAAACAGGCGAGUCAGUUACCAGUCUUCUAAGCUUUACUGAUGUACUUACUGGGCAUACAAGUACAUACAAAACUGUGUCAGCGAGAGCUGUAGAAGAUUCAAUUGUAGUAAAAUUACCAAUGAGCGCGUUCCAAGAAGUAUUUCAAGAUUAUCCUGACGCGUUCGUUCGAGUUAUUCAAGUCAUCAUGGUGCGUUUGCAGAGAGUUACGUUUACUACUUUACAUCAAUAUCUUGGUCUCUCCGCGGAGUUAGUUAAUCAGGGGACACACAAGAAGAAGCAAAGCCCGUUUUCUGGUUCGCCAGUACGCUCAAGAACCAGAGAGAACUUCGCUUUGCAGAACACCGAGGGUGGAUUUGCUGUUCCAUUUAGUGCAUCGGAAACUCACGAUCCUAGCGAUGUUUCUCAUCGUGACGUACCAUCGAAUGCUGGCAGUUCCCAAGCCGUUCCUAUUAACGCGAAUAGACGGACGAAGAACAACAACGAUUGGAGGAGUCAGAGUUUUAGCUCGCAAUUAAGUCAGAAUUCAGCGGAUAUGGUGCCAGAAUGUGACUCUCACUGGCCCAAUUCGUCUCCUACGACGACGUCUCAGACUGUUCAGGGGUCAUAUCCUGAGACCACUCACUCGGGAAAUGUUAAUCCCAGCAGGAAGCGUUCGACGAACGAGGCAAUGCAACCGCAGCAACAACUGGACGAGUCGCAACUCGUGCAGAUAGCUACUGAUGCGUUCGUUCAAGAACUCGGCAUAGAGGAUGAGACGCUGCUCAAGGACAAAGUACAGAUUAGAGAAGUGCCAGCUGGUACCUAUCUAAUGAAGGAGGAGUCGCACAAGGACGUUGCGCUCUUAUACGUGCUCUCGGGCUCGCUGAUAGUAAGCCAACGCGUGUCGGAGAGUCGGGACGCUUAUCAGGAGGUUCAUAUGUUCAGCGCUCAUCAGGGUGAAAUCGUUGGUGGCUUAGCGGUGUUAACAGGCGAGCCAUCCUUUUAUACCAUCCGAGCGAAACAUCCCAGUCGCAUCGCACUAAUUAGCAAACCUACGUUUUUCGCUAUCAUGCGGGAUCAACCCACAGUUGUGUUGCAUGUGGCGCACACCGUCGUUCGUAGAUUAAGUCCGUUCGUAAGACAGGUGGAUUUUGCUCUUGAUUGGUUGUUCCUUGAAAGCGGUAGAGCUGUUUAUAGACAAGGGGACGAGUCAGACUCGACGUUUAUUGUGCUAAGUGGACGAUUGCGUUCGGUGAUCACUUACAAGGAUGGCAAGAAGGAACUAGUGGCGGAAUACGGAAAGGGCGAUUUGGUAGGAAUCGUAGAGAUGGUCACGCAAACCUCGCGGUCGACGACAGUCAUGGCGGUGCGAGAUUCGGAGCUGGCGAAAUUACCGGAAGGUUUAUUCAAUGUGAUCAAACUUAGAUAUCCAAUCGUCGUUACGAGACUGAUAAAUCUUCUCGGUCAUCGUAUAUUGGGCACGUGGCAACAAGCGCACCCGAAAAACUACAGCAAUGAUACUCAACGAGCCGCGGCAACAGUGGAUGCAAGGCCGGCGCAAGUAAAUUUCUCAACUGUUGCAAUAGUACCUGUGUCGGAUGACGUACCGUUGACUGCCUUCACUUAUGAAUUGUAUCAUUCCUUAUGUGCUAUUGGACCUUGUCUUCGUCUAACAUCCGAGGUCGUGAGAAAGACCUUAGGAAUGAGUAUUAUGGAGCCUGCGAACGAGUACCGACUGACGUCUUGGCUGGCACAGCAAGAGGAUCAACACCGGAUCUCUCUGUACCAGUGCGACUCGAGUUACACGCUGUGGACUCAGCGAUGUGUAAGACAAGCCGACUGUAUUCUCAUCGUGGGUCUGGGCGACCGACCACCGUCGAUCGGGCGAACAGAACGUGAGGUGGAACGGCUGGUGAUGAGAACGCAGAAGGAGCUGGUGCUGCUGCACAAGGAGCAGAAUGGUCAACGGCCCACCAAUACGGUUCAAUGGUUGAACAUGAGAUCGUGGGUAUCCAGCCACCAUCACAUUCAGUGUCCGAAACGCAUGUUCACCAGAAGAUCGCAGUACAGAAUUAACGAGCUGUACUCCAAGGUGCUCAUGUCCGAGCCGAAUGUACACAGCGACUUCAGCAGACUCGCGCGAUGGCUGACAGGUACGUCAGUUGGUCUCGUUUUGGGAGGUGGUGGUGCCAGAGGCGCUGCCCACGUGGGCAUGCUCAAGGCCAUCGUCGAAGCGGGAAUACCCAUAGACAUGGUCGGUGGAGUCAGUAUCGGUGCCUUCAUGGGCGCACUGUGGUGCAUGGAGAAGAAUAUCACCACUACUACGCAGAAGGCCAGGGAGUGGUCCAAGAAAAUGACGCAAUGGUGGCGGCAGAUUCUGGAUUUAACUUACCCGAUGACCUCGAUGUUCUCCGGCAAAGAUUUCAACAAGACGAUACAGCAGACUUUCGGCGAUACGUACAUAGAAGACUUGUGGCUCCCGUAUUUCACUAUAACCACAGACAUCACGGAUUCUUGUAUGCGCACGCAUACACACGGUUUACUAUGGAGAUACAUUCGCGGCAGUAUGACUAUCGCGGGAGUCUUUCCUCCCAUUUGCGACCCCAUUGACGGGCAUCUUUUGGUCGACGGGUGUUAUGUUAAUAACGUGCCAGCUGACGAAAUGUUACGGCAAGGAGCACAUCACAUUUUGGCCAUCGACGUCGGUUCACAAGAUGACACUGAUCUGACGAAUUAUGGGGACUCAUUGUCUGGUUGGUGGCUGCUGUGGAAACGGUGGAAUCCGUUCGCUACGCCGGUGAAGGUACCGAAUUUGCCGGAUAUUCAAUCCAGACUGGCGUACGUGAGCUGCGUUCGUCAGCUGGAAGAAGUGAAAAGCUCAGACUACUGCGAGUAUAUCAGGCCGCCGAUCGAUAAGUACAAGACCCUCCAGUUCGCCAACUUCGACGAAAUCAAGGAUGUGGGAUAUCAACACGGCAAAACGUAUUUCGAGGGUCAGUCGAAAGCCGGAGUUCUGCCUCGAUUCAACGCGGAUCGAGAGAAUGCGAGAGCUAUGCGAGCGAAGAAUCAAGCGGCGAAUCAACAGACAGUCUCCUCGUACACUUUCACCGAUCUCGCACAGAUGGUGUGUAAAGUUUCGCGCGGCAGCCGAUACAUCGAUCUCGACAUAGAUUCCGAUUCAGACGAGUUGGAGGAAUAUGAGGCAGAUCUGGAAGAAGAUGCGCAGGAAGUAGGAUAUGCAUCUGAACCCACUGCCGGUAUCUUAGAUCAGAGCCCUGAGGAUAAUCGCCUGAGAAGAAGAACUGGCGUCUCACUUAGUCUGUCUGACACUGAAGCGGAGUCGGAAUUAGAAUACCAUCCAAAGAUCUUUUGAAUAGUUAUCGAUAUUCUUUCGCGACUGAUAUAUCUGCCAUUAAGCACAAAUCUAUAUGUUCUUGUGAAUAAUGCAUAACUUUGCCGUUGAAUACACACACACACACACCACACACACGUAUUCGCACGAUUGAUGUGCAUUAAAGUACAAAACUUCUUGUUGUAACAUAGUUACCAGAAUGUCAUCCUGAAAUUACGUAACCACGCGAUAUGUACGUCACUCUUGAGUAACAAACGAUAAAUAUUGUUUUUUGCUAUUGAUAUAUAUUAUUAAAUAUAUAAUUCUACAAUUUCUAAAGAAA